AUGGCGACCGACAUCUCGUACCUCUCCCAGGAAAUCCAAGCGGAGCUUGCGCAGCCAAAUGCUCGCCACGACCCAGCCAUCAUCGAGAACAAUGCGCCGCUCGCCAAAAGCAUCUUCCACGAUGCAAAGGAGGCCACCGAAGCGGAGCAUAAGCUCAAGCCAGUCAAAGGCCUGCGAAAAUAUCCCAAAGCCGUUUUCUGGUCCGUCUUCGUGUCGUUGGCAGUGGUGAUGGAUGGCUACGAUCAAUCUUUCUUGGGCUCGCUGUACGCCGAAAAGGCAUUCCAAAAGCACUUUGGCAAGCCAUUUAAGAAGGGCUAUCAGGUUCCCGCUCCAUGGCAAAGCGGCAUAUCAAAUGCCAGCUCUGUUGGAGUCAUCAUCGGCAUUCUGUUCAACGGAUGGAUCUCCGAGCGCAUUGGGAUGAAGAAGACGAUGCUGGGCGCGUACGUAGCCAUUACUGGCUUCAUCUUCAUCCUCUUCUUUGCAGAAUCGAAGGCUGUUCUACUUGUCGGCGAGUUUCUGUGCGGGAUACCAUGGGGUAUCUUCCACACGACCGCCCCGGCGUACGCAUCAGAAGUGUGUCCGGUGAUCUUGAGGGCGUAUUUGACAUCCUUUGUCAACUUAUCAGCAAUUUUCGGUCAGCUCCUUGCGGCCGGGGUACUGCGCGGCGUGGAAGGAAUGGCAGGCCGAUGGGCGUACGACAUUCCCUUUGCCAUCCAGUGGAUUUGGCCCGUGCCUCUUUUCAUCGGGAUGCUCUUUUGCCCCGAGUCGCCGUGGUGGCUCAUUCGGAAAGGGCGUGUGGAAGAUGCAGAGCAUGCACUGCAACGCCUCUCCACCGGCGCCGACACCCGCCAGGCAAUCGCACUGAUGACUCGAACCACGCAAGAGGAAAAGCUGACAGUCGGCGGGAACUUCUUCGACGUGUUCAAAGGCACCGAUCGGCGUCGCCUUGAAAUUGCCUUCUGCGCUUGGGGCAUUCAGACCUUUUCCGGCCUUCCUUUGCAAGGCUACAAUACGUAUUUCUUCGAACAGGCCGGCUUGGACGACUCCAACGCUUUCGGUUUGAGCAUCGGCUACUACGCCAUCGGCUUUCUCGGCACUGUCCUCUCCUGGUUCCUGCUUACGUCUUUCGGCCGCCGCUCCAUUUUCCUCGUUGGACUAAGCUGCAUGUGCGUGGUGCUCUUCACCAUCGGAUUCGUCGCAAUAGCUCCAUCCACCAACAGAGCCGCCGACUGGGCUCAAUCCAUCUUACUAGUCGUAUGGGUGUUCCUCUACGACAUCUCCGUCGGCCCGGUGGCAUGGACGAUCGCCAGCGAGGUCUCUGCAACACGGCUUCGAAGACCCACAAUCGCUAUAGCUCGGAACUCCUUCUACCUCUCCAGUAUCGUGUGGGGCGUGUGUGUGCCUUACUUACUCAAUCCAACGGCCGCGGGCCUCAAGGGUAAGACGGCUUUUGUCUUUGCCGGGACGUGUUUGAUUGCGGUGGCGUGGACCUAUUUUCGCUUGCCAGAAACGAAGGGCAGGACGUAUGAAGAGCUCAACAUCUUGUUUUGGAGGCAGGUGCCGGCGAGGAAGUUUAAGGAUGAGAGUGUUGACGCUUAUGACGAGGAGCAAUUCGUGAAUCCGGUGGUGGACGAAGUGCUCGAAAAGAGGGCGGAGACACAUGAGCACAAGGCUGAGGCGCACCUCUAG